AUGACUUCCAAGUUGCUGGUCACUCUCCUGGCUGUCUGCCUCAUUUCUGCAGCACUGAAUGAAGGUGCUGUGGUGUCUCCAUUUAGAUCAGAACUCCGGUGUAAGUGCAUAAAAACACAUUCCAGCCCUUUCCAUCCCAAGCAUAUUAAAGAGCUGAGAGUGAUUGAGAGUGGACCACAUUGCCUAAACACGGAAAUCAUUGUCACUCUUCAAGAUGACAGGGAGCUCUGCCUAGAUCCUCAUGCAAAGUGGGUGCAGAAAGUUCUUCAAGUGUUUUUGAAGAGAACUGAGAAUGACUCAAAAUAA